AUGCUCUUGCCAUUCGACUCACCCCUCCCCCAUCUUUUUUUCUUUCGUCUUUCCCUUGGCUUGCUUGCUCAUGCUCAGCGCAUGAAGCCGCGCCGAUCCCGGCCCCGCUCCGCUGUCAUGGUCAUGGAUGAUGCUGAACCUAUGCCCCUCGCCUCUUCCACCCCGGCCUCACAUGAUGCUUCCCCCACCAACGCGGAUGGACGUGGGCGACGACGCUCCUCCAUCGCCAUUGCCGACCAAGAGAAUCCUCUCGAUUCAAGCCCCGGUGUUCACACCUACCUCUGGGAUAGCCCCGACGCCUAUACAGCCUCUGCCGCCGACGCCGCCAACCCCGUGCAGCGCUUUCACGGCGCUGUCGUCUAUCACGACUAUCAAGGCCAAGGCAACGAAGGCGUUGGCGCUUCCUCUGCCAUGCGCGCUCGUGCCUCAGUCGACGGCGUACCCGUCAGUCGCUCCUUUUCCGUCAACGCGGCGCACCCCGCUCCGCCCCUCGAAGCCAGCGCCAGCGCUGCCCAGCGCGCUGCCCGGCUCCACGCCACCCACGCCAUGGUUUCCUCCCCAGAACAGAGUCCCAUUCGUGAUACCCGUACUCGCCAUGCAACCACCAACGCCCCACCCUCCCCAGCACGCUACGACACAAUUCGCCCCAGCCCCCGCGACAACGCGCCCGCCCAAACCGUUUCCGACGGCCAGCCCCGUGUCUUCUACCAGUCGAGCGUCUCCUCCCCCAGCCAGCGCUCCCCUUCCAGCCCGCACCACUCCUCCCCCUCCCGCGCACAACGCUCCACCAUGCGCGGCCCCCAGUAUCCAGGCUCACCGGCCUCCCGCCGUCGCACCGGUGGCCUUCAACCCGCUUCGACCACCGCCCUCCCCACCCCAUCCAAUGCUGAAAUCGUCGUGCAAUCCCAUACCCCGCUGCGCCACGGUCCCCUGGACAUGGUAGAGGUCGAGCAAUCACCCAUCCGUGCCCCGGACCGCAACGCAGUACGAGCCUUUAAUCAUCGCCAAUCUGAACAGGUCGCUGCAGCAGAAAUGCAAUACCUGCAACAGGAACUCCUCAAAGCCCGUCGCGACCUUAUCAACAUGCACACCAAGCUGGACAUUAAAGAUCGAAAGCUGAGUGCCAGCCUGCUAUCCAUCAAACUCUUCUGGGCACCCGAGCUAGAAAAGGAACGGCGCGCCAAGACCAUGGAAAAGCAGCGAGCCGAAGCCGCCGAAAUCCUGCUUCGCGAACAAGAGCAACGCAACGGUGUCUACAUCUCUCGAAUCCAACAAUUUCAGCGCAUGUUUGACGACCUCCAACGGGGCUUCAACGUUAGCAAAGCCGACCUGGCGGACACCAAAGACGUGGAUGCCGACAAGCCCUCGUCGCAGAAGGAACUUCAGGCAUUGCGCAAGGAACUUGCCACAACCAAGCGCCAACUUGCACUGCUCCAGGCCGAAGCAGACAUGACCUCCCUGAUCACAGGUGAAGCCUUUGACGAAACACAGCCAGCCCAGUCCGCCUCAACAACUGCCGAUCUGGAAGCGCUGCACACGGCACAAGAGGAGCGCAACCAACUGGGCAAUCAACUAAGCUUGGCCAACCUGAAACUCACGGAUUUACAAAAGGAGCAUGCCCGUCUCAAAUCAACACACAGCGCAACGCUGGAAGAUCUCGAGGAUGCCAUCGCCCUGCGCGAUGAUUUACGUCAGCAGCUGCAUGAGCGCGAGCGACAAAAUCAAGCACAACUGGAUCAAAUGCGGCGCAGCACAGAUGAGGAGCUCGACAUGCUGCAACAACGCCUGGCCGAAGCCCGGGAUGACGUUACGGCAGAAGCGACCAAGCGACAGACUGCCGAGACACGUUUGCAGGAUUUGGAGGGCGAUCUUGAGGACGCUCGAGCCGAAGUUGCUCGCCUUCAACAUCAAAUGGCCGCCGUUCGCUUGGACCAUGAGCAGCACGCCAACACCGCUGCUGCGCAAGCCACCGAAACAAGCCAAGAGGUCCAAUCUCUCCGCGAAGAGCUAAACGCCGCAGAAGAAAGACUGCAGGAGCACCAAAGCGCCUUGCAGGCCGCCAAGCAGCAACUUGCUGCUGCCGAGGCCACAGAAAAGCGCCAGGAAGCGACCCGAACUGCACUUGAGCAGCAAAUUACUGACCUGCAGGCCGCGCGCGAACAGCUCGCAGAACAAGCAGCAGCCCGCCAGGCCCAGGUGGAUGAGGUUACAGUCACGUGCCAGCACCUCGAGAGCUCGGUGAACGAGCUGCAAACAGCACUGGAAACCGCGCAGACACGUGCGCUCGAGCGCCAAGCCGAGCUGGAGCAGCUUGAGCGCCAAAACUCAGAGCUCUUGAGCAGAAUUGAAUUCAUCGAGCAUAGUAGCACCUCAACUCGCGACGAGGGCGCCGCUCGAUUGGCAGACGUUCAACGUCAACUCGCCUUGGCACACACAGAGGUGGAACAGGAACGCAAGCACGCCGCUGAAUUGCGACAAGCGGUCGAGGAGAAAGCUGCGGCCCUUGCAGCGGCACAACAACAGCUCGUAAGCUUGGAAACCGACCGCGCAUCGACCGAACGAGCUUUGCUUGCUAAACAAGAAGCCGCAGUGACGGAGAAUGCCCACUUGCUUAAACGACUUGAAGCAGCCGAAGAACGCAUCGCCCAGACGCGUCAGGAGGUUGAGCGAGAGGCUGCGACGCGAUCAAAUGAGAACAAUCGCGCAGCUGAGGAAAAGCUGACGGCAGCGCGCAACGACUUGAAGCGCGCACGCGCCGAUAUCCGUCAUAGCUCACCAAGCGCAUACAUGCAGCAUAAGAUUGCGGCGAAGAACCUGCAAGCAGCGCAGGAAGAGGCACAUAAAUUGCGCUCUAACAUCAAAAACUUAGAAACAGAGUUGGGCAAAGUGCGUGACACCCUCAAGAGUAAGGUCGAACAGCAUCGAACAGCAAGCAAGAACGCACAAGCCAGUCAGGACAACCUGAACCGCCGCCUGACUGCGGCACAACGCGAAGUGGAGCAAGCCAAGCAGGCACUGCGCACUGCCGAAAAAGAAAUGACAACGCUCAAGGCCAGCGCAACCGCUCAACAAGCCAGCCUCGUUAAAUCGCGUGAACAUGUCAAGAAGCUGGAGGGCGCCAAGGCGCGCUUGCAAAAAGAGCUCGAGGACAAGAGUGAUGCUGUGCAUAGCCUAGAGGAAGACGUUGCUCGUGUACAAGCUGAGCUCAGCGCUCGCCUGGCCUCGCAGGAGACAAGCCAACGCUCGCAGCAGAAGCAGUCUGGCGAGCUUGAUACCCUGCGAGCACGCGUCUGUGAGUUGCAGGACAAGCUCAUCUUUGAGCGCAGUGAGCGCCUGCUGGAGCGUGUGUCGGACCUCGAUGCUCGGAUUGCCCAGCUGGAAAUGGCGGGUGCGACUCGGCAUGCGACCGAAAUCGGAGAUUUGCGUCGCCAGCGCGAGCAAGACGUGCAGCUUCUGCGGGAGCAAUUUGAAGCACGCCAGGCCCUGGCUGUCAGUCAGCAAGAGGCCAUGCAUGAUACCUCACGGGAAGACGAAAAUGACAGCCGUGAGAAGCUCGAGAAUCGUGAGGUGGAAGCUGUGCGCUUGCGCAAGUACAUUGAUCAGCUGCUGGGCGAGAUCUUGCGCCAGGAUGAGCCGGUGGCCAGUGCCAUCAUGACUGGACUGCCGCGCCUGCAGCAGGAUGACCCGCUGAGCACCGCCCAAAUCUAUGCCAUGUCGGAGACCGAGCUGCGUCGCAUGAUCAAGAAGCGGGACGAGGACAACCAGCAACUUGAGGCCUACGUUGACUCGUUGUUGCAAAAAAUUGUCGAGCACAAGCCUAGCAUUCUAGAGGUCAUGUCUUUCACUGGAGACGCCCACAGCUGAACAUUGGCUCGCAUGUUUGGUGUGCCAAUUGAAUGAAC